AUGGUCUUGAAAUUCACACCCACUUGGGAAAAUGCCAUCAUCCAGUUGUUUGCCAUCAGCUGCAAAUCGAUAGAUCCGAGGUUAGCCAAUGGCCAGCUCGCCUCUAGGGAUAGCGCUUACGUAGUUGACUGUGCAGCCAGAAAUGGGUUUCUGCUGAUUCAUUUGAACCACCGGGCCACCUGUCACUCUCUCAAGCCAAGCUUCCCACGUGGCCAGGGACACUUCAGAGAUCCCAUCAGAGGGAAAAACCUGAUGUGUUUCAAGCGUGCCCCGGUGCCAAGCUUCCGCAGAGCAGCACGCAGAAAAUGUGAAGACAAAAGAAUGACUGCCCACAGGAGGCGCGGCACACGGCAGAACUCUGCUCGGUUGCUUGUCCAUGUUUGCUGCCCAGUGCCCUUCAUGAGUUUCCAGGAGCAAGAUCACAUCCAGACUAACUGCUGUGGUCUUCGGGCCCCUGUGCACCUCCGAAAUAGCUCACCACGGCUCCAGCCUGUUGCAUGCCACGUGCGUGAAGACUUCAUGGAGUUGACAGUGGCUUGGAGAAGGCGGCAUCUUGACUGUGGGGCCUGUAAGGGGCCUUCCACUUUGAGGUGCCUGGAAUGUGGGAUGCCAGAAGGAGAGGAUGGCUUCAUCCAUCCUGGGAUCUCCGUGCGCGGCGCGGGGCUGCCCCCAGGCGUGACCUCACCCGUGCUCUCUCCCUGCAGAAUCUCCUACGACCCGGCGAGGUACCCCAGGUACCUGCCCGAAGCCUACUGCCUGUGCCGGGGCUGCCUGACCGGGCUGUUCGGCGAGGAGGACGUGCGCUUCCGCAGCGCCCCGGUCUACAUGCCCACCGUGGUGCUGCGCCGCACCCCCGCCUGCGCCGGCGGCCGGUCCGUCUACACCGAGGCCUACGUCACCAUCCCCGUGGGCUGCACCUGCGUCCCCGAGCCGGAGAAGGACGCAGACAGCAUCAACUCCAGCAUCGACAAACCGGGCGCCAAGCUCCUGCUGGGCCCCAACGACGCGCCCGCUGGCCCCUGAGGCCGGUCCUGCCCCGGGAGGUCUCCCGGCCCGCGUCCCGAGGCGCCCAGGCUGGAGCGGUCUGGAGGGCUCCGUCGGCGACCUCUGAAGAGCGCGCACCGAGCAACCAAGCGCGAGCAUCGGCGCCGCCUUUGCACGGAGACUCGCCUGACACGGGCAUCUCUGGUUGCUCUUAGCCACCGGCAAGCAGGGUGGCUGGAAGCUUAUGGGAGACGACCCGGGACGACCACCCGUGUGCGGCCCGCACGGAGGGUUUGGAGAAGUGCACGGAGGAGCCUCCCAGGCCGGCUGCGGCGGGUACAGGGCGUGCCUCACCGCUGGGUGCUUGCCAAAGAGAUAGGGACGCAUAUGCUUUUUAAAGCCAUCUAAAACAAUAAUAAAUAGAGCGACUAUAUACUUACUUUUAAAAUCAACUGUUUUGAAUAGAGGCAGAGCUAUUUUAUAUUAGCAAAUUAGAGCUACUCUGUUAACAUUUCUUACUUAACAUAUAAACAUUUUUUUUUACUUCUUCUGGUCGGAUUUUUUUUUUAAGCAUAAUUGGAAUCCUUGGAUAAAUUUUUUAGCUGGCACACUCUGGCCUGGGUCUCUGAAUUCAGCCUGUCACCGACGGCUGACUGAUGAAAUGGACAUGUCUGAUCUGACGCACUCUUCCUUCCACUGAAGGUCUUCACCGGCCUCCAGGUGGACAAAGGGAUGCACAGGCGGUUCGCAUGCCCCAGGGCCAGCUAAGAGUUCCAGAGAUCUCAGAGUUGGUUUUAUGAGUCAUGAGUACAGAAACAGUCUCAAACUUGUACAAUUUUUUUUUCCCUUUUGAAAGCCCCUGGGGCCAAUUUGUGGUUAAGAGGUGGUGAGAUAAGAAGUGGAAUGUGACAUCUUUGCCAGUUGUCAGGAAGAAUCCAAGCAGGUAAUGGCUUAGUUGUAAGAGCUUUAGGAUCAGGCCGAAUAUGAGGACAAGGUGGGCCACGUUAGAAUCUGCAGGGAUCACUCUGGAGGCUUCUGUUUCUACAUUCUGCCACGAGAGCUAGGUCCUUGCUCUUUUCUUUAGAUUGAAAGUCUGUCUCUGAAUACAAUUAUUUGUAAAAGGUAGAAGUUCUUUUUAAGUCAUUAAAAGAGUCUUGCUAAAGGAUA